AUGCGAGCCCCCACCAUCGAGGGCUACGCCGCGCGGCACAGCAAGCUCACCAAGAGCGUCACGUUCAAUCGGGACACGCUGUCCUCCCCGCCCGGCGGGGACCUGCCCGCGCUCUCCCCGCCCUCGCUCGCGCCCGCGCCUCCGCUCUCCGCGCCCCCGGCCUUGGGCGGUGGCCGGCCGCUCGGCUCGUCCUUCGAGCGCCAGGACACUGUGGUGGUGGCGGCGGCCACCGGGGCCCCGCCCGACGCGCCGCUGCCGCCGGCCCCCGCCGUGUCGGCCGUGUCACAGACUGCUGUUCAAGUGACGACGACAGUGCAGAGUGCGGUUGUGGCAGUGACGAUGGCCGAGACUGUUGUAGAGGCCAGGUCGUGUACGACCACCACGCCCGCCAUUACAUGUUCCACGCUCGAAUCGCCCACGAAGAAAAAGCCUCCGAUUUUCUUGUGCCAAAACCCUCAGUUGAAUAUCUCAACGAAUCAAAAGAACUUCUUUCGACCUUCUCUUUUGCUGCCUUCUCACGGGAGUACCGAAGAGGAAUACUUCGGGGAAAUAAUUGUCGGUAUUAAACAGGUCCUACAGAGUCAUCUGGAUGAAAUUCAACAGAAAUUUCAGCUUAGAUUCCAAUCUCUAGAGCUUGAAGUUAAAAAACGAGACGAAAUCAUCAGUCAACUUCAGAAACGAAUACAAGAGCUCGAGACCCCUGACACCAUCCAUCACCAGGAGAACGGCGAUGACGGUGACACAUCUGAUGACUUAGACGAAGCUUCCGAUCAGCCCUUCAUGGUUGGUACCUCAUAGGCAGUAGCGUCUUGCAUAUUCCUAUAUUUUCAUAUCUAAUAAAUGUUAUGUUCAUGCGUGGUCUAUUGUAUUUGUAUGCAACACUUUAUAGCUUUGCUGAUUUUGCUUGGAUUGCUCCUCAAUACAUUUUCGGCUUUCAAAGGUUAUCAUCAGUAUCCAUCUCAUUCAUUAUGCGUUUUGAGGUCUAAACAGUAUUGUCAUUUACAAUACAAAUUAUAUAUUGUAUUGAGGUCUGUAAAUUAUUCAAGACCCAAGAACGGUUUAAUUUUUAUUACAAUUUCUUUGUUUUUCAUGGAAAAACAAUGUUUUCAUAAGUAAUACCACUAUGAAUUUGAAAUACUC